CACAACUGAGUUCCGAAGAUUUGUAUGACAAGGAACAAACGAGUUUCGAUGGUGCGCUCUUUGUUCUGAAGUGAUGACAAUCUACUGCGAUCUAAAUUCGGUACGAUGAAACCGGAAAUACACUGGAUUUGGAGACAAAUAAACCGCGAGAAGAUCUUGCAGAUGAAAUGUAGUUCGCACGAUCCAUCACAUUCAAUUUUAAAACCCCUCAUAAACAUAAUCCUUCCGACCCUCACCCACCACCACCACAGGGACCAAAGAAGGGAAGAAUAACCUCUUCUUAACGCACUUCCGUUCUCAAACGGGAAUUUAAGUCUCAGCACUAACGCAUCAAGUCACAAACAAAAACCUCUACCACAAAAUGUCGCAUCGUAAGUUCGAGUGCCCGCGCCACGGAAACUUGGGUUUCCUCCCGAAGAAGCGCACCAAGCACCAUUACGGCAAGAUCAAGUCCUUCCCGAAGGACGACGCUUCCAAGGCCUGCCAUUUAACUGCUUUUAUGGCCUUCAAGGCUGGCAUGACCCACAUUGUGCGCACCGUCGCCCGCCCGGGUUCCAAGGUCGACAAGAAGGACGUCGUGGAGCCGGUCACCAUCCUGGAGGCCCCGCCGAUGGUCGCCGUUGGUUUCGUCGGAUACGUGGAGACCCCGCGUGGUCCGCGCGCACUGACCACCGUCUUCGCCGCCCACUUGGCCGACAACUUGAAGCGUCGCUUCUACAAGAACUGGUAUAAUUUUUCUAUCACAGGAAGAUGAUGAACUUGUGAUGUUGCGAUUUAAGUAGAUAAACCGGACUACUAGAGGCUCUCCUCAUGUAGUCAUCUCAAAGCAAGAUUAUGCUGACGCUCUUUUUACAGCGAGGUUGACAGUAAACUUUGAGUAGGAGUUUCAUCUCAUGCAGACUUGACAACGAUUUUUAUUUUUCCUCUCCUCAUGCGUGAUUGCUUAUACUUUUGUCAAAAAACAGGUACAAGUCCAAGAAGAAGGCGUUCUCCCACUACCAGAAGAAGUUCGAGGCCAACGAGAUGGACGCCCAGAUCGACCGCGCCAAGAAGUACUGCAAGACCAUCCGUCUGUUGUGCCACACCCAGGUCGACAAGUGCAAGCUUGGCCAGAAGAAGGCGCACUUGAAGGAGAUCCAGAUCAACGGUGGCUCCGACAUCUCUGCCAAGGUAUAAACAAACACUGUUAUAGGAUUUUGGCAUAGAAAAGAUGACGUAGGAGUAGGAGAGGGCGUCGUAAUGUGAAGAGUCAUUUAUGAUCAUGUAGUUGUCCUAGUUCAACCACCAGCAUGUCGGUAGUUUUCUACAGAGAGUCGCCUUUUUCUUACUUUCUCAUGUUGUUUUCGCAUUACAAAUUGCGUUUCUCCUACCCACAGGUCGACUUCGCUAAGGGUCUGUUCGAGAAGGAGGUGCGUGUCUCGGACGUCUUCAAGAAGGACGAGAUGAUCGACAUCAUCGGCGUGACCAAGGGUCGCGGUAUCGACGGCGUCGUCACCCGUUGGGGCGUCACCCGCCUCCCCCGCAAGACCCACCGUGGUCUCCGCAAGGUCGCCUGUAUCGGUGCCUGGCACCCGGCCCGCGUGCAGUUCCAGGUCCCGCGUGCGGGUCAGAACGGCUACCACCACCGAACCGAAAUCAACAAGAAGAUCUACCGCAUCGGAAACAAGGUAAAGAAUCUUAUUUUUUGAUUCGCUUCUUCUUGCACGGGAGACUGUGUGUUUCGAUCUUUUGCUGUUUUAAUACUAGCAUGAGAACUACUUCGAGAACUAUUAUAUCGGUUACGGUUUUACUUCUGUUUGCAAAAUUGACGUAAUCGUACAACUCGGAAUGUGUUUGUCCAUGGAUAAUUAUAUCACAACAUCUUUCUUCUCAUCCCCCUUCCCGCACUACAAAUCCCAACAGGAGGACGAGCACGACGCGAACACGACCCACGAUCUGACCGACAAGAACAUCACCCCGCUCGGUGGGUUCCCGCACUACGGUGAGAUCAAGGAGGACUGGCUGAUGAUCAAGGGCUCCGUCGCCGGAACCAAGAAGCGCUGCGUCACCCUGCGUCAGUCCCUGCUCCCGCAGACCAAGCGCGCCGCCCUGGAAGAGAUCACCCUGAAGUUCAUCGACACUUCCUCCAAGAUCGGACACGGCCGCUUCCAGACCUACGAGGAGAAGCGCAAGUUCUACGGACGCGUCAAGAAGGACUAAGUGGACUGGUAGUACGAGGAUUGGAAAAGAUUUGUCACUCAAAUUAUGUGUGGAUUCACAUUUUUUGGUAGAAUUUUGUUCCUACACAAAGGAUCUCGUGCUAUUUUGUACGCGGCUAGUAGCGCAGCUGUGGUAGGCCGUGUGAAAGUCGCCUCUGCAGAGUAGAAUUUUACUUGAUUAUGUCUUGGGUAGCACGGCAUCCUAGAAGAUGCGGAUAGACUGAGACAAACAAAACAAGACAUUCGUUGGCAAGGCUGUUUGGAACAAUUCUGUCAGAAGCUAAGUACAUCGUACGGCAUGAUGACAAGAAAGGUUCGGAUAACAGCAGGACAACAACAAUUCCCAGAGGUGAAGAAUGGAAAUGUUAAGAAAUUGAAGGUUAUUUUCUCAAUUCCUUUCAAGAAAACAGAGGGCUGCCGUGUGUCCCGAGCAGCUGCACUGCGGGCACUGGCAAGCCGGUGGAGUAGCG